UAAGCAACUGGACGUUAAUUUAAAUACAAAUCAUUCGCCGUUUAUUUCGUACCCAUGGUUACGACUGGGAAUUCCAUUCAAAAUACUUUGGCAAUUAAUUAACGAGACAAAGUUGAUCGGUUUACCGCUAUAAAACGCAUCACUCCAAUUUACGUUUGAUCGGAGCUCUUGAAAAUGGGCUAAUACGAAAUCUUUGCAUAAAAAUGCCAUUUGUGGGGCUUCUUCGUGGGUAUUGUUUUAGGACAAUGGUGGCAAACCGCGGGUCAUGAAGUGACCCAUAAAUCAGAGACAAUGCUUAUGGCACAAAUCUACCAUGUUUUCUCGGUGACCCGCCAAAUCAGGAAUUAAUGCAGAAUACAUACUACAUUUCAGUGACAAAAUUUGAUAGUAAAACCGGUGACCCGCCAAAUCGCGAAUUUUUGCAAGUUACUUACUACAUUUCAGUGAUAAAAUUUGAUAAUAAAACCGUCCCUAAUUCAAUCUAACAACAAGUGAACUGCUAUUGUAUUACAUGCCGACAACUGAAAUAACAGAUAAGCUGGAUGGUUGUAACUUUAAUGCGGUUUAAUCGAACAAAAAUUAUAAUGAUCUGGGUGUGAAAUUCUCUUUUGGACUCCUUUGACAAUGACAAGGCAAUUCAUGUGUAUGCAAAUCCGUGUUUUGGAGCAUGAAUUACAUAUAAAUUACAACCGAGAAUCAAAAAUAUAUAAGUGCUACAUGUGUAAAGCUCAAAACUACACAAUCCCAACCAAGGAUUUUAAGAUCGUAUUGGCUUUCCUCUCCCAGCUGAUUUCCUUGCUGCCAACUGUGUGACGUCACACGCUACAUUUAAUCACCUUGCGAUUUCGUUAAGGACUUUCAGAGAUAUUCGUCGCCUGUAUUUCGUUUAUUGUUCUUGCACCCAGAUCCGUUGAUACGAAUAUAGCAGCUUCUAUUGGAUUUGAUGAGAUGGACUCUUUGAUUUUCGUUACAAUUGUAAUAGCUUCCAUUGCACAUGUCAAUUCAAGGUGUGACGUGUCAGUUUUGCAAACUCUCGAGAACGGGCAUAGUUGCCUUCGUGGAAAUUUUUCAUUCACUGAUACGAACGGACUUUCUGUGGAGUCAGUUGCGUUGAACUUGGGGCGAAUAAUUACCAAUCUUGAUAAUCGAUCAGCUUGCUCAGAAUUCAAAUCAAUAUUAGUUGGCUGUAUUGUAGAAAAAUAUUACUGGAGUCUUCGAAGUUCACAAUAUAAUACUUCUUCAAGAAUGAUAAAUCUUCAAGCUCAUCUUCUCGACAUAACAAAUGACGUGUCGAAUAUCAACCAAAUAUCGGACCUGCUUGCGAGUAGAAAUCAAAAUCCCGUAUUGUCGACAGUUGUGGGAGAAAGUUUGGAAGCUGAAUACAUCGCUUACAACGAAAGUUGUCAUUGCUGGGAUGUCAAUAUCGACGAAGAUUCUGUAAAAUAUUUGAAGUACGUUGUUAUUGAACUGAAAAAUGGAAUUUUUUUAACGGGAUCGUUAACAGCAAGAUCAUUGGUUCUUUCGCCGGAAGCAAACUUUCGAACCAUUGGCAAUGUUUCAUUGCGACCGUCAGAUGAUAUAAAAGGAAAGAUAUUCACCAGUAUUUGUUCGCCACAUUACAGCGUUCUGGCUGCAAAAUCCUUCCUGAUUUUUACCAGGGAUGCUUUCAAAACGUUUCACAAAAUAAAAAUUCCAAAUUCUCUCUCGCCAAGUUUAGAGGAAAAAGAUCAUAUAGUAUCCAUGGUCAAAUUAACACCAGAUAGAAUAUUCAUCCUUGUUCAGGGAAAGAUAUAUUCAUCUAGUACGACGAUUGGCGAAUUCAAUUUUAUUCUAAUUCAUCUGAUAAACAAAAAAACUCAAACCGAAGAAAGUAUUAUCGGAAUUUCUGCGUCUCCAGUUUGCUAUCGAGGGUCUGUGUUGUUGUUAGAAAAUUCUAUGAUCUAUGCAUGGAGUAGUGAAGCUAUAUUUUUAAUAACGUUGAGCAAGGAUAACGAUAACCUGACUGUAGUCCAACUGGAUGUUGGAGAAAUGCUCUCACCAGAUACGGGAUCGAGAUUUGUCAAUGUACACCAAACAAUAAAUCCUGAAAAUAUGCUUGUAAGUGUAGGAAGACCUUCGUCUCGAGAUGAAUAUUUCCGUUGCCAUAGAAAUUUGUGUAGUCAAGUCAAUAUGCAAUCAGACGCUUCAAUGGCAGGAGAAAAAAUAUUGAAUUCUGCAAAUACAACUUUUCUUAUGUGGAACGCACGGCGUGUUACUCAGUCAAGUUCGGGCAAAGAGUUUUCUGUGACUUUUGAAUCGAAUAUCAAUGAUAUAUAUUUCAACACAGAUAAAAAUGCUUGGAUAAUAAACACCAAAGACGGCAAAGUUUUUUAUGGGCGUUUGCACAUACCCGCAGUUGUAAAGUUACGUUCGUUGGGAAAUAGUAAUAACUACGUCUAUCAUUUUCUAUCCUAUGGAGACGUAAGAUACGUAACGUGGACAGAAUCAGAAUCGGGUGAUGUUGAAAUUACUUCCGAGGUUUACCCUGUAUUAUCUGAAGUGCAAAAAGCAAUAGAAAACGUUGAAGAUGGCGUAAAUCAAAUCAAUUUCAACCCAUAUUCAUCACCGAGGAACGUUAUGCGUUUAGAAAGUGUUCAAGACAGUUUUUCGUUGUCACUUACAAUUCUCACCACUCGAUAUGAUGGAUACACGUUUGAGGUUCAUCAUGAUUUUCAAAAUCUGAGUUUAAAACAAGAAAUUACUGAAGAAAUUUCGACCAGAUAUAUAUCAGCAAAUAUUCUACUUUAUGCAAGGGAAUUAACGAUCACACUCAUAGCGGACUGCAAUAUCAGUCCACAGUAUUGUAAAACUGGAUUUGGAUUGAUAGAAUUGGUAUAUUUACCAACUGAUGACAGAACUACAGCAUCUGCAUUAAUGAACUCAAAUUCUCAGGUUUACUUGGUGAACAUGGCAUGCCCAGGAGGACUGAAAUUACGAAUUGCCAAUACGGGAGAUGACAACAAUUGCACACUUGGAGAUGGUAUGUGUCAUCUUAAAAUUGAUGAAGAAAAUCUAGUCUACCUUGAGUUUGAAGUUUAUAAAAACAAUGAAUAUUUAUUCGGAAUAGUCGACGAUUUAUUGCUGAUAGAACUCAAUAACAGAACUGGAUUCGAAUUGCACAAUUUGAACUUACUGAAAAAGAAUUGCUACCAUUGCUCUCAUUUCUUCGAAGUAAGUUCACCAUCACAUCUGAUGUUGCAAACCAUGAAAAGUGCAUGCCCGUGCAACGCUGACAGCGAAAAUGAAAACAGAUGGGUUGCAAAUAUAUCAUUUGCACACGCUAUUACGCCACCCAACGGACAAAAUAUAUUUGUAUUCUCAGCACAGGUUCUGAGUGAGAGCUUUUGUGAUCUAAGAAUGGAAUUUGCAAUCGAAAUUAUGCAAAAACCAUCAUUAAUGUUCCUUCCAUGGGAAUACAUUUUCAUGUUAGUAUUCGUUGCCAUCACAAUAAUAUCUCUCUGCAUUUCAUAUCAUAAUUACAUCAAGCAUAUGCGGAUGAACAGAAAAAGAUUAAAAAUAACUGAUUCUCAUUGAAUUAUAUAACUGAUUCGAGAAGAAAAAUUUAUAAAUAUUCGUUUCAAAGUUGUGGAAUUGAUUAAAUUGUAUCCAAUAUUCAUGU